CUAACCCCAGCCUCUCCGGCGCAGCCCGGGAACCAACCUGGCGGCCACCUCCAGGGCAGGGCGAAGCGAGGCGAGCGGGGCUGGCGCGGCGCGCGGGCAGGGCAAGGCAGGGCCGGGCAGCGCGCGAUGGGCGCCGCGGGACUCGAGGCGGAGACGCCGCCGCCGCCUCCGGAGCCCUGAGAGAGCGAGAGCGAGAGCCGCGCGGGAGGCGCCCCGGCCCAGGUAGCGGAGCCGGGCCCGGGGCGCGCCAAGACGCGCACAGCCGGCGAGCGGAGCGCGGGGCGAGGGCGGGGGACGGAACAAAGGGCGGAGCUGGAGCCGGGACUCCUGGGUCCCUUCGGGGAGGAGGGGGUCUUGCAGGAAGCGGGAGCCGGGAUUCCCUUUCGCAGGUCCCGGGGCUUUAGCGGCACCAGGACGCCUGGGUCCUCCCGAGGGGAGGAGGAGGAGGAGGCUCCGGUACUCGUCCGGGUCCCGUUAGUUCUCGCAUUUGGGGUUGGGCUCCACCAGGCUUCCUAAGAUCGGGGUCUUGUGGGGGGGGGCGCGGGCGGGAAGGUGGAGGUAGGACUCCUGGGUUCUUUUCAGAGGCCGGAGCCAGGACUUCUGCGACCGGGACCGGCUAUAGUUCUCGCAGAUUAGGAGCAGGACUGCUGGGUUUCCCUAGGAAGGGAGGUGUGAGGCUGGGCUCCUCGGUGCUCUUAGAGGGCAAGGGAAAGAACCUGCGCCCUCCGCCCAAGAUGUUGUGGGGCUCCAGCUCCCAUCAGCCACAGCCAAAAUGGCCUGUGGUCAAGGGGGAUGGGCGUCCCGGUCCCAGCACCCUCUGGAGGCCCUGCCGAUUCUCCAUCCCUGCCUUAGGGAGACAGAGCGUGGAAGAAGAGAAGCAGCACUCUUCUAGAAAGGAAGAGAUAAAACUUCUUAGAAUUAGGGCUGGGAGCCAGGACUCUUGGAUUUAUUUGCAGGGAAAUGUAAGUGGGAAUCUGAUGUGCCAGAGCCAGGACUUCUUGGUCCUCAGGAGACUUUUUCCUGGAACAGCCACGGGAGAAUCCUCAGAGUCAGAAUUCCUUGGGAUCUCAGGGAGAGUGAGUUUUAUAGGCUCAGGCUAGCCUCCUAAGCGGGUCUCCCACAUGCUUGGCGAAAUGGGAUGGCAACAAAGAAAGGCGAGGGGAUGAGAGUCAAGGAGCACAGCUCCAUUGUGACAUUUUAGGAGGGGUAGAAUUCGCUCCAUCAUCCCAUCCAGUGAUAGGAUUAUGUGUGGGUGGCAGGGAAUAUUGGAGUGGGUGCUUAGUCCAAAGGACUGUCCUAUACGUUAGCAGUAUGGCAUAUGUUGUGUGUGACAUACAGAUAUGCAUUGGUCCAUACGCACUUGUGAACUCUUAGAAGGGACUUUUGUGGUGUGUCCAUGGGGGGGGGGUGGAUCUCCCUGACACACCCUGGCUGUGUGUUUAAGCAUGACCAGAAUUGCUUCUUGCCUGUGGACUGAAUCAGUUCAUUCGUGGUGCAUGGUGAGAAGUCCCGUCCCUCCCCCCCACAUCCCCUCCCAUAUCACUAUUGCUCAAGGUUCAUCUAAUGAAAUAGAUUGGCAGGAGAUUCCAGACAGAUCCGCCACAAAAAAGUACUUCACUUGAGGCACACACUUAACAUAUGUAUUUUGCUGCUUCUUGCUUAGAUGUCUUUAAAAAGAGAUUAGGAAAAGAAAAAAAAAUGAAUGGAGCAUAGGCCCAGUUCAUUGUAAGCUAAAUGAGAGCAUUGUGUUCAGAUUCUGCUUGCGGGCUUCCCAAAGGCAUCGGUUUGGCCAACGUGAAAACAGGAGGCUGGACUAGAUAGGACUUCGACCUGAUCCUACAGGGCUUUUCUUCCAUUCUUACGAAACAAUAGGAAGCAAGAUGGGCCUUUGGUCUUAUGCAGCAGGACCUUUUCUAUGUUCUGCAAACAUCCCAAGCAGUUUCUUGGGGCAGCUGGGAAGCAGUGCAUUACUCGGGAGGUGUGGCCCAGAUGUGUGCAUAACCCAAGUGCUUCACACGCACCCCAGCAUCCUCUGAAACCUUGCAAGGGAUUCUGGUGCAUAAUUCCCAGACUUCCCAUGGUCUUAGUGGACGAACCUUGUCAAAGAAUCCCUAAGAAUUGGUACCAGGCAGCUCACAGGGGUUUGGUGCUCUGAAUGGGCACAUUUGAGUCGUGCCACAUGGAGUUAUCCAAUGGAAGUGAUUGGAAUUAGAUGCAGGAACCACAGAAUUAUGGAGUUGGAGGGUCCCUGAGAGGCUAACUAGUCCAAACCCCCUGCUUAGUGCAGAAUCCGCAGUGAAGGAGAGCCCACUUUCUCCCUAGGGACGUCUUCCCAGAACUAAGCAUCUCUCGCUGUUAGGAUGUCUCUCCUCCUGUUUAGCUGCUUCUUUGCAAUUUCCACCUAUUGGUUCUAGUCCUGCCCCCUGGGGUGACAGGACUGGCAAAAGGAUGCCUGAUGAGCUUUUGUCAUUCAUCUUCAUGGGAUGCUGUGACGACUGCUGGCUUUCCAUUGGCUUGUAGACCCUUAAAAAUCCUAGGAGGCUGCCUUAGACCAGGUCAGACUAGUUGCUAAUCUAACGCAGGACUUGCUACUCCAACUGGCAGCAGCUCUCCAGGGCAGAAAGAAGUAUUGCCUCCCCCCGCCCCCCACCCAUCACCUACUCAAUGAUCAUUAUCCUUAAAAUAACAAGAAACUCACUAUGCUAGGAAUUGAACUUGGGACCUUUCUACUCUGAGCUACCAUGCCACCCUUAGGUCAGGCAAGGUCUGCCUAGCCCAGUACUCUUUUACUCCCAAGUAGUAGUGGUCUUAGGCAGAGAUCAUUUGUGUUUCCUGCUUCACUGGAGAUCCUGAGGAUUGAACCUGGGACAUUCUGCAGACAAAGCACAUGAGCUGAGGCUCCUCCCAUCUGGCCAGGCACUUUCAGAAUGCUGAACUAAAGGGACCUUUGGUCUGGCCCAGGAAGGCAAUUCACGUGCUCUUUAUCUUUUUAAAUAAAGUGUCAGUAUAUUAUUCUCUCUGGCUCAGAGGCUCUGUAGAUGACCUGUCGGCCGCGAGAGAGCAAGUAAUUGUGCAGAAAUGUGCAUUCCAGGGCACAGUUACACCUGGAACAUUUUAAAACAGUAGUGCUUUGAUCCUCGGAGGCAAAGUACUGCAUUAUCCUGCCCUAUCACUAGUUUUUGCUUUGCCCUAGCUUUGAGGAGAGAACUACCACUUGCCCCUUGCUCCUAAGAAGGGUGUUCUCAUUCAGUGUGGAGAAAAUGGAUAGCAAGAAAUUCCUUCCCCUCCCCACAUGAAGAUAAAACUCAGGUUUUCUCAAAAGAAAUCGAUUGGCAGCAGACACUGGAAGGAUAAAAGGAAGCACUUUUUCGUGCAAUGGGUGCUUCAUCUACAGCAGGGGUUCCCAAACUCUGGUCUGUGGCAUGGCUGUGGAUUUGUGGCCAGAAAUGGGAGGCAGUGCAGUGAGUCAUUGCCUUAAAUAUUUCCAAACUGUAUUUUUAUUGCUUCUUGUGUUUCUUACAUUGUAUUACAAGUUGACUUAUGUGGAAUUUCGGUUGCAUUGCAAUAAAAUAGGUUUGAAAUAAAAGAAGCAAUAGAAACACAGUUUUUUAAAAACCGUACAGCGUCUAGCACAGUGCAUUACAGUUGCUACAGCCAGCAGAAAAAACCAUUAAAUGAUCUGCCGUCUGAGACUCUUGGCAAUUUGCAAGUGGUCCAGGGCUGGGGGGUGAGUUUGGGAAUUGCUGGCGUCUGGUCUUCCCUGCCACAAAAUGGAGUGAUGGCCACCAACCCGGGUGGCUUUAAAAGAGGAUUAGAUACAUUUCUGGAGGAAGGGAGGGUCUAUCAAUGCCUGGUGUUCUGUCUACGUUUUCUCUCCAGGCUGUGAGUGCUGAUGUUUAUGUGACUAAAAUGCACAAGAAGAAGAAGUCAGCAGGCUCGGGGCGGGGGGAGAAACCCCAAAGUUUGUAGAAGUACAAAAAAAAAAAAUUUAGGGAGAAAAGGGGCUUUAGGACCCUGACUGACUUGGGGUAGAGGUUUGGGGGCAGAAGGAAUGGCACAGAGUGUCUAGAAUUCUGAAAAGCAGCACUCAGCACUGCAGCAUUUUGCUGCAGGCCCAAUUUUCUGUAUUUUUCUUUAUUAAAUUUAUAUGCCGCCUUCAUCCGAAGAUCUCAGGUCGAUUUACAGCAUAAAAAUACAGGAUAGAAGCAAAAAAAUAAAUAGGUAAAACAAAACAAUAACUCCCCCUCCCACAAAAACAUGUAAAAGGUCAUAGAAACAUUUAAAAGGACAUAGGCACUAAUUGAAUUCCAAACUCCUACUGACCCAAUGCAACAGGGGCACAGACAGUUCUCGGCCGCUUUGGGGUCGAUCCUGUUCCUUACGAGCGUAAUUCUCAGUGGCGUUUUGGCUUUAUGUUUCAGGGAGGAGUCCUUUUGCUGCCGCAUCAUCACUUUGCCGGCGUUAAGGUAACAUUUGCUGGCUGCCAGUCCUUAUCUUCCUUGUCCGGCUCCCAGAGACGUGUGGAUUGUCUCAACAGCCUCUUUUGACUGGCCCCAGUUGGCACCGGCCAGAAGAUUCCUCCUUUUUGCUGAGGGGAAGGUUGGAGGGAAAAUGGCCGCCACACAGGAAGUGCCUCCUCCGGCGCUGGGCCUCCAUUUUUUGUACCCGUUAGAAGACACCCUGCCGCCGCGGGUGAAGAUGGAGGAGCCUGGUCCACCGUGCCCCGAAGCGGGGUGGGAAUGGGACGCCACAGGGAAGGCGCCCCUCGUCGUCCAGGCUGGCACCAUUAGCGAUUUACUGAGGUGGGCGACCCCUCCUCAGGUGAGAAGCGACCCCAUCCCGCAGCUGUGGGAGGUUCAGUGCCAGGAGAUGGUGCAGACCCCCGUGGCAGUGCCACCCCCACCACCUGCCUGGGGGAACCUCCAACUCCCUGAGCUGGCGCCCGUGGACGACAUCGAGGCCUACCUUUCAUCCUUUGAGCGGGCGGCUGAAACCUGCCAGUGGCCGAGGGGAGAGUGGGUGACCCGCCUCAUGCCGGCCCUCAGCGGGAAAGGCCAACCGCCCCACAAUGGCCUGGAUGCCAGGAGCAGCCGGGGAGACCACAGGAAGUCGAAGUCCUCCAGCCUGCGAGGGGAGGCCGGGCCCAGCGUGGAGAUGCAGCGCCAGCGCUUCCGGCAGUUCCGCUACCAGGACUCGGAAGGCCCUCGGGAGGCUUGCCGGAGGCUGAGGGAGCUCUGUCGCCGCUGGCUGAAGCCCGAGAGCCGCACUAAGGAGCAGAUCCUGGAGCUGCUGAUCCUGGAGCAGUUCCUGACCAUCUUGCCCCAGGAGAUCCAGAACUGGGUGUGGGAGCGAGGCCCAGAGACGUGUGCCCAGGCGGUGGCUCUAGUGGAAGGCUACCAGAUGGGACGGCGAGAGGCAGGCAUGUGGGAGCAACAGGUGAGGACGCUUUACGUCAUGGUGACAGAGAGGUUUUAUUUUGUGGACCACCCUGAGAUCCUUCAAUGAAGGGUGGUAUAAUAAUAAUAAUAAUAAUUAAUAAUAAGGGUGCCUCCAGCCACAGUCCCUAUAGCAUCCUAGUUCCCCCAACAACACCUCCAGAAGUUUUCUCAAGAAUCCAGCAAGACGUUUCUGUAUAAAACCCUUAACCAAGUGUUCAGUAAGAAAGGUAAAGGGACCCCUGACCAUAAGGUCCAGUCGUGACCGACUCUGGGGUUGCGGCGUUCAUCUCGCUUUAUUAGCCAAGGGAGCCGGCGUACAGCUUCCGGGUCAUGUGGCCAGCAUGACUAAGCCGCUUCUGGUGAACCAGAGCUGCGCACGGAAACACCGUUUACCUUCCCGCCGGAGUGGUACCUGUUUAUCUACUUGCACUUUGAGGUGCUUUCAAACUGUUAGGUGGGCAGGAGCAGGGACCGAGGAACGGGAGCUCACCCCGUCGCGGGGAUUCGAACCGCCGACCUUCUGAUCGGCAAGUCUUAGGCUCUGUGGUUUAACCCACAGCGCCACCCGCAUCCCAAGUGUUCAGUACUUCACAUAAAUAAAGAGAGACAAGUCCUUGCCCCAAGGGGUGUACAGUCUAAAACAGUGGCUCAACCUUUUUUUGGCCAUGCCCCACCUAAGCAUCUCUAAAAUCCCUGUGACAUAUAAUUCUUAUUAUUCAAAAAGUGAACUCCUAUUCACGUGGAAGAAGCCUAAAAGGCCAUUGACUGUUAAUAACUCAUUCUCAAAUUGCCCCCUUUAAAAAUCAAAUCGCCCCCCUGUGGUGCGUGUGCCCCACGUUGGGAACUGCGGGUUUAAAAGAACCAUUGGCCCUACGUAUGUUGCUGGAACUACAACGCCCAUCUGCCCCAGGAAGCAUUAACAGUGGCCAGGAAUUGUGGGAGAUGGGCAGCAUCUGGAGGGCAGGAGGUGAUCCACACCUGGUCUAAAAUAUUUGAAGGAUAACAAGGGAAGACAAUUGAGAAGGGGAAUGUGCAGGCUGGUGUUCACCUGCUCUCAGAAGGGUAUUGUAGAGCUGGAAAGGUACAGAAAAGGCCAACCUAAAUGAGCAGAGGAUUGAAGCAUUUUCCUUGCAAGAAAAAGCUAAAUAAAGCAAAAGGAGAGAAAGCUGUGCCCCUACGACAACUCCCAUCAGUGUCCAAGAGUCAGGAGUGGUGGGAGCUGGUCUAGGGUCACGGUUUCUUCCUUCCUGUACUUUAAAGGUGAUUGGGGGGCGGGCCUUGAAGGAGGCUGUUUCCUUCCUAAUGGCAUGUUGUUGUCUCUCGUUGCCAGGUUACAGUACGGGUGAAAGUUGAGCAGGUAAGCCCACAAGAAAUGAUUCUCCCUGGAGCGCCAUGGGAACCUCCUGCCCCACUGCUGCCCCAUCUCGACUGCUUAUCCUCAACAGACGUAACACUAAACCAGCCUCCCCUCAUCCCUGCUCUCAAGAUGCCCUGCAUCCCUAAACAGGAGCCCCGAGGACUUCAGGAAACAGGUAAGAAAUACAAGAGGAGCCCCUGGUUUUAAUGGAGGAGGCUUUGGGUGCAAUGGGAGGUUCUGGGGAUGUUUUCCUAUGCCCAGAGACUGAAGGUUGCUGGACCCAGCCCUGUUGGCUUGUUUCAGUUUUUACUUGCCUUUCUCAUAAAACACAGGCCAACCUGGUGCCCUCCAGAUGUUUUGGACUGUGGCUCUCAUCAGCACCAGAAAGCAGCUGGCCAUGCAGGCAACCCACCUAUAGUCUGGCUCAUACACAUGCAGAGUCUGCAUUAGCGAUGGGGAAACUUUUUUAGCCUGAGUGCCACCUUACCUUCUGGACAACCUGUUGAGGGCUGCAUGCCAGUGGUGGGUGAAGCCAGUGGCCAAAUUGGGCAGAGCAGCAAUCAGGGGGAAAUGGGUAUAAAUAAAUUAAUAAUAUUAAUAAUAUUUUUUUACCUUUGUGCAGUAAUCUGGUUUGUGUACACACGCAUCCCACACCAUCCUCCCAUCAGGUCUAGGAAGAGGCCUUAGCAGAGGUCAAGGACACACACUAGCCAACCCAAAAUCACUCAGGGAAGGGUGCAAAGCAGGACCAGAAGAGGGCGUGACUAGGGAGAAUGGUUUGCAAUGCAGGGUGCAAACAGGGUGGGGAAAACCUGGGGCCUUGUGGGUGAUGCUGGACUCCCAGUUCCCCUCACCCCUCACCAUUGGCCAUGCUGCCUGAGGCUGAUGGGAGUUUGAGUCCAAGGAAGUCAGGGGGGUGGGGCCCACAGGUUCUCCAUCCCUGCCCUACAGCACCCCAGACACGCAGGCCGCUUCGCUGUUUGAAUAGCUUUUACGUUCCCCCGAAGGCUUAGCCUGCUUCCCUGCGGUUUCCACUCAUUUGGCACUGCAGACAAGAUGCACCCAUUUCUCCGUGUGAUGAUUUAAUUUCUAGAGUCCAGAUGAGAGAGGGUGAAUCCUGAAGAACAGCCAUGCUAGUAACUCUGCACAAAGAGAAUUUCAGCUUGACGUCCCUGAAAUGCGAAAAGCGAGAGGCGAGUUGGAGGCAGUGAUCUAUUUGUGUCUUAAGACAAACAGAUGCCAAUGAUAACAGCAACAUUGAUGGGGACCAGGAAAUAGGAACAGUCCCUGGUAAAAAGGGACAGUAAGAGUGCUUGCGUUUUGCUUUCACAAUGCCAGAGGCAGGUUGCUAGCCUGGCUCCAUAGGCGGCAGGCAGCGUGCUGGGAAAGUGUGACAAUGCCCUACUCUUUUUCUUAUCUCAGCAGGUGCCCUGAUGGUAAACGGGAGCCGAGAGGAGAAUCCUCUGCAAGGAGGUGCCAUGGAAGUGGAGCCUCCCAGGGCGUUUCCGUCCGGGAAUUCCCAGGAGAAUGUGGCGGCUGAAAACCGUGGGGGCGAGAGAGCCAGCCAGCCUCGCGAAGAGAGGUGCGGUGAAACGGGAGAGAAUCCGGCUGCACGCCCCAUCCCCAGCGGAGCCUGCCACCCGGCAGGAAAGCCCCUCCACCGGUGCUCAGAAUGCGGGAAAACGUUCAGCCGCAACUCGCACCUGCUCACCCACCAGAGGAUCCACACGGGGGAAAAGCCCCACCAGUGCCCCCAGUGCGGCAAGUGCUUCGGCCACACCUCCCAGCUGACCCGGCACCAGAGGACCCACGCCUCGGAAAGACCCUUCCGCUGCGCCCAGUGCAGCCGGAGCUUUUACCAGAGCUCGGAGCUGACCAGGCACCGAGCGUCCCACGCCAGGGAACGCCCUUACGGGUGCAGCCAGUGCGGCAAGAAGUUCCGCUGGAGCUCCGACCUCAUCCGCCACCAGAUCACCCACACGGGAGAGAGACCGUACAAAUGCCCCGAGUGCGGGAAGAAGUUUGGGCAGAACUCGCACCUCGUUCGGCAUCGGAGAACCCACACGACUUAGCGGAAGAUCUUUCCCCGACGGAAGGAAACCCGAAUUGCCCUGCGCCGAGAGUUCGCCGGGGGCCAAAGCGUGGACCGUGCUCACCGCCAAGUUUGGUGCUGUUGUGGCCCAGAUGACUGGUGUCCCUUCAGCUUGACGUCUGCAGAUCAUUAUCUGUCAGGGAUGGCUUAGUUAGAAUGAAUUCUAUUUACGUGCAAAGCGGGAGGGACAGUGUGGCUGGUUUCCGGAUCCCAUUUUGUGUCUCGCCAGAAGCUCCACAGCACAACCAGACUGAGCGGUCCAAGAAGAUGCCCAGUCUUGCUUGGCUUGGCUUCCUGAACCGAUAACAUUGUGGUGGCACCAGCUGAAUGUCUCUUCUCUCUCUCUCUCUCUCUCUCUCUCUCUCUCUCUCUCUCUCUCAAUUUUUCUCUUUUUUAUAGGAAAGGCGAUAGAUCUUCUAGUCCUCUAGACAGGUUUAUUGUUACAUAACACAGCCUGUAUUUCCGUAUGCCAAGAUCAUACCUUUGUAGCAAAACAAAAGCAAUGUAUUUUUUAGAGAAGACGGUCCAUUCUGUAUUUGGGGAAGCGGGCAAUCUUCAGAACAGUGGAGAUCCCUCUUGGGGAAGCUGCUCUGGUACUUUGUUUUUUUCUGGGUGGUGGUGGAAAUUACAGCUUUGAUAAACAGGAGAGUUGUCAACACAGGGUUUCACUGGUACGGGAGUACACAAAGAGAAGGUGACAAUGACGGCACUGAGAAUCUGGGUGUCUGGA